GCUCUCAUACCCUUUUCAUUUAUAGUUUCUCAGGUAAUUAGUGUUAGCAGUGCCCAUUCAGAAACUAUAUUUGACAAUGCAAUUCAAAAUUUGUAUGAAAGUCCUAGGUGAAAUCCCCUUGUUUGCACUAUGCAGUGUGUGUAUGAAGCCUCUCCAGAAAGGUAAUUUCAUGCUAAAAAAUAAAAUAAAAUGCCUAAAACAAAUGAAAGAGCUAAAAGAGAGCACUAAGAAAAAGGCAGAGAGAGAGUAAAGUUCAGGGUGUUUAAGUGUGUGACGAGAAUGUGCGUGAUAGUUUUUUGAUUGAUGGCCUCAGGCUCUGAGCUGUAAUGUUGCUCUCACUGCAGUCAUUAAAACCUAGUGGUGAGACUGAUGGCUGCAGCGUCUGCAUCUCUGCAUGCUUAAGCCACCUCACUCUUGUCUGUAUUUAAUAGAACAAGGAUAGAUCAGCACUUAGCGUGCAUUAAACAGUAUAAUGCUGCUUUAUUUUCAUGGCAGGCGAGUUCCCACAUGAGCUUAUGCAUCUUGCAUGCUGCGGCCCUAUAGCUUACCAUUUUAUUUCAUAUGCUGACGGGUUUUGGUAAACAAGCGUUCAUCAGAGCACCACAAGAGUGGUAUUCUCCUAGUUUUUUAACAGAGAAUAAUCAAUAAGGAACUAUUUUCAUAUAUGAUAGACACAUUUUAUCAAACAUGCAUUGCACUGUCAUCAAAUCUCACUCUGAAACUAUAAAAUCAUAUAGAACAAAUUCUGUAUACCAAUUUCAAAUGUAGGCAUUAUUAGACUGUAACACCGCUCUUGAGGUGCGCUGCAGCCAUAUAUAUAGAAUUUCUUUUGUAUUUUUGGAGUGGCACUAUCCCUGUUCAUUAGAUAUUUCAGUAGCUGUUUAACAUUAGGGACGAGUGCAUUUACAUAAACCCUCCCCGGCUAUCCAAAUGCAUUUCUGGCCUGCUUUCUCUCCCUUGUCUAAGACCAAUAUUUUACCUCUCAACAAUUGAUUUCCUCUCCACCUCCCUUUCCUACUUAAACUGAGUCCAUUAUGUUGUGCAGAGUCAUCAGUUGUGAACUAUACUCAUAUACUUUACUCUCAUUGUCCUCCAGUACAGCACAACCAUACAGAGACUCACUCGUGUCUCGACAACAACAAGUCUUCUUAUACCACCAGUACCCUCAGAGCUCUGCAUGAAUGUUACAUGGAGCAUAUUACAGAAUUGACCUCUGAGGCGUGCAGCUCACCUUUGCAGCACAGAUAUAAUUCACUUCAACUUUACUAUUCUUAUUUAAUUUCAUAAACAAAGCACCGUUUUUACAGUCACAAUGUUUUUCAGCUCUGAGUGAAUCCUCCUGAGUUAUUGACCGCGUGUAUCGCUGAACGACCAAGUAGACACAAGCAGCGCCACACAGGGCAGGGCAGGCUCCUGCAUUCUAAGUGCUGUUCAAAUCACAGCCAUCAGCGAAUGUGGAUCAAUGCUUGGUUUUACAGCUUUACAUCCUUGAAAUGACUGGGCAAAUAAAGAAAGCGUAGACUGUCAAUCAGAGACUAUUAGUAAAGAAAUUCCUUCAGUAAUAACCCCCCCUGCCAACCUCAAACACACAGCUCAGGAGAUGGAGUGAGUGGGGGUGGAGCCUCUGAGUUGAUGAAGCUGUGGGAAAGAUCAUAAAAUGAACUGGACGGGACGUAAAAUGCCAGCGAUUAGUAACAGAGAUGGAUCUUUGGGAGUGGAGAUAGCUUUGGAUAAUGUUGGCGAAUUAAGACUUCAUGAAUUCCAUAUUUCUUUGCAAGAACACAUGAUGGACUCUGAACCUGUUUACUUAAAGGAAGAUGCUCUGCAGUCAAUCUAUUAGCUUUUUUCCUUAACUGGUCAGUGGUUUAAGUCAGGGGUUUCAUUGACGCGAACAUAAUAGCUGAUGCCUGUACAAAAACACUGACAAAAAGGAGGUGGCUGGAGCGAGGCAAUGAUUGGCAGCAGAUGAUGUUUGUGGAUACAAGCUGCUCUAUCAGAUUCAGUAUCAGUUUUACAAAAGCAUUCAUUAAGUUUUUUAAAAAGGCUUUUGCACAGGCCAUAUCUAAUGCAAGGCAACAAUGGGAAUGGAUGGCAUGGAAGUAAUUGCCAUUGCUGUUGUUAUUGGACUGUUUAUUAUCGUGCUCAAACAGUUUGGGAUUUGGGAGCCCUUGUCACUGGAAGACAGCUGUGACAGCGACCUUGAACUCUCCAUGGUGCGUCACCAACCUGAGGGCCUCGAUCAGCUCCAAGCCCAGACACAGUUCACCAGGAAGGAGCUUCAGUCGCUUUACAGAGGCUUCAAAAAUGAAUGUCCCAGUGGGCUAGUGGAUGAGGAGACUUUCAAGACCAUUUACUCACAGUUCUUCCCUCAAGGAGAUGCAACCACAUAUGCACAUUUCUUGUUCAACGCAUUUGACAUGGACAGAAGUGGCUCCAUCCGGUUUGAGGACUUUGUGAUAGGAUUGUCUGUGUUGCUUAGAGGCUCUGUUACAGAGAAACUGCGAUGGGCGUUCAACCUAUAUGACAUCAACAAAGACGGCUACGUUACUAAAGAGGAAAUGAUGGCAAUAAUGACUUCCAUUUAUGACAUGAUGGGUAGGUAUACCUUACCCAGUGUACGAGACGAUUCCCCCUUUGAGCAUGUGGAGCGAUUCUUCCAGAAAAUGGAUCGGAACAGAGAUGGAGUGGUGACUAUUGAUGAAUUCAUAGAAACCUGCCAAAAGGAUGAAAAUAUAAUGGCUUCCAUGCAGCUCUUUGAGAACGUCAUCUAGUUUCUGUAGAGGGACGUGGAUCCGUAAUGCUGCAUAGUGCUUCCAGCUGCAAGCUUCUGGGCCUGAAAUAACCUCAUUCAUCCUGAACAGGAAAAACUGGGUCAUGCAACACAUUUUGACACAUUUUAAUACAAACUGGCGAACACUAUUAUUUUUCCUGUCUGUUCUAUGCAGAGAAAUGUGCAGAAUUCACCAAAUCACUCGAAGAAGAAAUGUUUCUUUGCAUGACAGUUAUCAUUUUAUUUUUUCACAUGAAGGAAAUGUGAAUAAAACAUCAUCAUUGCCAGAUGAGCAUGAGUGCUUGACCAACAUUUAAAAGCAUGUGUUGCAAACCACAUUGAACAUAAACAAGAGGUUUUAUCGUUGACCACUUUGAGACUUGGGCAAAUGAGAAUACUUUGUUAUUUGUUAUACUGUAAAGAAAAUAAUAAUAAUAAUUAGGUUUCUAAACCUAAAUUAGGUUUAGGUUCUUCAGAUGUUUGUGUAAAUGUGAUACCCCUGUUGACCCAAAACCUGCUGAAAUAAAUAUAUACCUUCACAUA